AUGACCACGAUGACCACCCAAGACCUUUUGAUCGACGUCCGCUCCCCAGCCGAGUUCUCGACCGGCUACCUUACCACCGACAUCGCACCCACCGUAAACAUUGAAUACCAGGUCAUCGAUCAACUACCCGAAAUCUACGCAGCGAAAGGCAUAAAUGUGGGAAAAGACGAUCGAAUUACGCUGUAUUGUCGGAGUGGAAGACGCUCGGGUAUUGCGCUGGGAAGGCUAAGGGAGAUGGGGUUCAAGAGCGUGAGGGAUAUCGGAGGCUUCGACGAGGCCAGAAAGGUGUUGGAUCGCGAACAGGUCCAAAGGCAGUUGGAUUCCGAGCUAGAGAAGAGCAUGGUACAUGAUGCUAAAGAUGCAGGGAGUGGUGAGGAUCCGAAGAAGCAUGUUAGGGUCAAGAGCUUUGGCGCGUUGGUCGACGGAUUGAAGGCACUCGAAGAGUGA